AUGGAUACUACGAUGGAUCUCCCCAUCUCCAUCCAAGACGUCGAUCCGCAAGUCCUAAUUCCGGCCCUCAAAUCUCACCUCCCCUAUUCGCUUCCGUUGCUACGGCGCCUCCAACACUCGCUAGUCCAUCCCUCCCCGACCGCCAAGUAUUUGGCCACUGCCACCGUCUGGGAUGCCGUCGGGGACCUGAAACCCGUGUCUGACUCGAACUCCGUGUCCGCCUCGUUAUUAUCCAGGGGAUCCCCGCUAGGAGAUGUUGGUGCUACCAAUUCCAACACUGGCGUUCCGACGCCCUGGCUAGCCGCCUGGGUGGAUCUGCAUGCCGGUCCUGAGACUCAGAUGGUUGUUUAUUCUAGUCUCGAAAGGGAAGCUCAAGCUCCAUCUGACAACAAGGAAGAAGAAGAAACGAUCGAGAAAACCGUCUCCACUCUCGAUGCCACUAGCAAUAAUGUCAGGCUCAAUGGCACUACUAGCAGCGAAAUCUCACCCGACCCUCUGGAUUGGGUGCGUGCGCAACUAUUGGCUCUACUAUCCCAUGUUCAGAACCGCUUGAUGCCCGAAUAUCUCCAGUCUCUUAAUCUCGACGACAAUCUGGCCCCCAAGUCAGCUCGUGACGCCAUCACGAACCCGAUGGGAAUUACUAGUUGCAACGCGAGCGCGACUGACAGCCGUCCCAACCCAGCGGGUCAGCCUUUCGGUCCUCCAGCUUUCAAAAUCGGCCAUCUGCACACGGGUCUAUUCUCCGUGUUAACCGCUUCGGGAAAAUACCCUCCUCCCCUUGGCCAAUGCCACCAUGGUGCUGGUCCUAGUCCCGAUGCCAGCCAUCCACGUGGGCCCCAGAUGGUCGUCCCAGGUCUCCGGGUCCACCGUUUCGACCAGCCCCCCUACAACAAGUACCUAUUUCGGGACGAGGAAUUUGUCAUUGCUGAUGGGGACCACGACGGGGACCACGAGAGUGACAGCACCGACCAGAACGGGGACGUGACCCAGCAUGGUGGUUCCCGUGCUCCUGGAUCCGCACCCGCUGUCACCCAUGAGUCUAUUUGCUCCCAACUGCUGCCACCCGGAUACCGCUUCUCCGACCGCAAGGGAAACUCGACCCUCAUGGCCCGUCACUACGAGCUCGUCUGUCGCCGAUCGGCCGUCUUUCGUACCCCGAAGAGCUUGGCUUCGUUUCCGUGCGUCGCGGUCUACGUGGAUGCAGAUACUAGGAGGGCUAACGGGGACAAUGAUGAAGGAAAAGAAGAAGAAGAUCCCAUCGCAUGGGCCUUCCUCAGCGCGGACGGGUCGCUGGCCGUUCUGCACGUCGAGCCGGAUCAUCGCGGCAAGGGACUGGCCAAGUGUGCGAGUCGGGAGGUCAUGCGACGAGGGAUGCGCGAGGGAGGGAUGUUCCGCGCAAAGGGCGAGAAGGGCUGGGUGCAUGCGGACGUGGCGCAGGGGAAUCGAGCGAGUUGUAGGGUGAUGGAGAAGCUGGGGGGUGUGGUUGGUUGGACGGUUACGUGGACGGUUGUAGAGUUUGAUGAGUAG